UAACGUUUGAUCAGACAUUUGAAAUUGUUGCGCUGUGUUUAUCCCCGACGUACGUCACUGUCUGUUGUUUAUCUCAGGUAAUUCCUGCUCACUGCGCAAACCACCUAAAACACUUUCUUAGAAAACGGAAUGGAUUUAGUAAGGUACAUUUUCUGAGGAAAUUGGAAAAAUCGGCAUUUCCCGUUAUUCAAGGCAACCUACGUCAUCACUGCGCGCCGGUUAUCUUUCUUUGGAACGGCUGUUGGAUUGGACUCGACUUGAGUGUUGCUUUCAAAAUGUUCAUGCCCAGAGCCCUGAAGGUGAAGAGACCCGCUCAGGGACCAGGUCAUGCCUCAAAAAAGAAAAGCAAGGCUGCUGAUGAAGAUGGCAGCAAUGAAAGUGGUCUGCAGACACCUGCUGAAGGAUGGGAAGCACGUGAAGACAAGACAACACAAGAAGAAACACAUUCACAUUUGAAAGACAGAACCACAUGUGACUAUAGACCCAAGUCAUCUUCAGAUGAGGAUGAAGAGGAACCAGUCAAAUCUUUCAAAAAGAACCAGAGAUGGCCGGAGCCGGGGGAGCCCGUUUGUGUGAUGUGUGGUCGCUAUGGGGAGUACAUUUGUGAUGCUACUGAUAAUGAUGUCUGCAGCCUCGAAUGCAAAGCCAAGCAUUUAGUUCAAAUGGGGAUGGGGACCGGGGCAGCUGCCUUCAACAGUAAGGACACACCCUAUCCUAAAUCUCAACACGGGGCGGGUAACACUGGUGGGGUGGGUGUAAACGAACCCUGCUAUUCCUACAAGGAAGAUCCGUUCAUAUCGGGCCUGGCGGACGAGCAGGUGGAGCGGAUUAAACUAGAGCUCGGCAUCAAGACAGAAGGAAAGGAUAUUGCACGGCCCAUCAUCGAAUUUGAACACUGCGGCUUCCCUUCGCCGUUAUAUGGUAACCUCAAAAAGGCCGGUUACGAGGCACCCACGCCGGUCCAGAUGCAAAUGUUGCCAGUUGGUCUCACAGGCAGGGAUGUGAUCGCCAGCGCUGACACGGGAUCGGGGAAGACCGUGGCCUUUCUGCUGCCGGUGGUGGUGAAGGCACUGCAGAAACCAGCUGAGGGUGUGUGCAGCCCCGUGGCUCUGAUCCUGACCCCCACCAGAGAGCUGGCCAUUCAGAUAGAGAAACAAGCCAAGGAGCUGGUGAUGGGACUCGCCAACAUGAGGACAGCUCUGCUUGUUGGGGGUAUGCCCCUCCCACCACAGCUGCACCGCCUCAAGAGCAGCAUCAAAAUUGUCAUCGCUACACCCGGGAGACUCAUUGAGAUCCUGAAGCAGAAAGCGCUGCAGCUGGACGAGGUGAAGAUUGUGGUGGUCGACGAGGUAGACACCAUGCUGAAGAUGGGUUUCCAGCAGCAAGUGCUUGAGGUUCUGGAGCAGGUUCCCAAAAAGCACCAGAGUCUGCUGGCGUCUGCCACCAUCCCAGCAGGGACAGAGGAGCUCGCCUCCCGGCUCGUCCGUGACCCUGUACGCAUCGCUGUUGGGGAGAAGAACCAGCCCUGUGCCAACGUCAGACAGAUCCUGCUUUGGGUUGAAGAACCCUCCAAGAAGAAGAAGCUCUUUGAGAUUCUUAAUGACAGUAAACUGUACCAGCCUCCAGUCGUGGUGUUUGUAGAUUGUAAACUGGGAGCUGAUUUGCUUUGCGAAGCGGUUGCCACGGUGACCAGUCUCACUACGGUGGCCGUCCACUCUGACAAGAAUCAGAUGGAACGCAACCGUAUCCUGAAGGGUCUUCUUGACGGAGACUUCGAGGUGGUAAUCAGUACGGGGGUGCUGGGCAGAGGACUGGACCUGGUCAAUGUCAGAUUGGUGGUUAAUUUUGACAUGCCGAACACGAUGGAUGAGUAUGUCCACCAGGUGGGCAGAGCGGGGAGGCUGGGUCACCGGGGAACGGCCAUCACUUUCCUCAACAACAACAACAAACGGCUGUUCUUGGAGGUGGUGAACAGGGUCAGACCCACUGGGUCCAUUCUGCCUCCUCAGCUUCUAAACUCACCCCAUCUCCAUGAACAGCGGAGGAGAGAGAAGCAGAAAAACAAGACUGGACUUGGUGGCACGCUGGUUACUACGAACAACCUUCUGGACAUAAUAAAGAAGCACGAUCGUCGCAAGAAGUAGCCUUCUUUUAACUAAUGUUUAGUUUGUAUGAUGUUUGAUCCCCUCCCCGUGGUGCAGUAGUACCGAAAGGUAUCAAUGCAGCAUUCAAAACCCAGCAUAGCGUCCAGUUUGUGGACUGGUGUCCCACUGGUUUUGAGGUUACUACCUGCCCUGGAAGAGAUCUGGCCAAAGUGCAAAGGGCAGUGUGUAUGCUGAGCACUGCUACUGUUGAGGCUUGGGCCUGAUUGGAUCAUAAGUUUGACUUGAUGAAUUGCAAUCCCUUCGUUCACUGGUAUGUUGGUGGAGGAAGAGGAGUUGCCUGAGGCCAAGGAGGACAUGGCUGCUCUGGAGAAAGAUUACAAAGAGGUGGGAGUUGAGUCCAUCCAGGACGAGGGGGGUUGAUGUGACAAAGUCUAGUGUUUCUGCUCCUAAUGUUGGGUUGUUUUGUUCUAGAUUUCAUGUUUUCUAUUCAUUCUGCUAUUUUCUUUAUUGAUUCUGCUGCCUAUAAUAUUUUUCUUUUAACACAAAAAUAUAUGCAAACUUCACCUCCAUCAGCAGGGUCAUUUAAGGAUGUAAAAGAAUGUCAGCUGGAGCUUUUUAAUUUAUUUUUGUACAAAAAGGAGAAACAAUUUUUACGUUGCACUUGUCAAGAUAAAAGGGUGCUUCAAAAAAGUAAUAAAAAUAAUG